AUGAGUAAAUUACGCAUUGCAAUUAUUGGUGCUGGUCCAUGCGGUCUUUCACAAUUGUUAGCAUUUAAACAAGCUGAACAAGAACAACGAGUUGAACUUGUCUGUUUCGAAAAACAAUCCGAUUGGGGUGGUUUAUGGAUUUAUACAUCUCAAAUAGGCAUAGAUGUUCAUGGUGAACCAAUUCAUUCGAGCAUGUAUCGACAACUUUGGGCUAACAAUCCGAAAGAAUCGAUUGAAUUUGCUGACUAUACAUUCUAUGAUCAUUUUGGUUGCUUUCUUCCAUCAUACUUGCCGCGUGCUUUCAUCUACGAUUAUUUAACUGGUAGAGCUAAAGUUAACAAUCUUCGACAAUUCAUUCGUUUUAAUACCGCUGUUCGUCAUGUUGAUUUUAAUGAUGAAAAAAAGGAAUUUAACGUUGACGUUGAAGAUCUGAAUACUGGUUCGAUAGAAUGUAUAAAUUUUGAUCGUGUUAUUGUAGCAACUGGUCAUUAUCACAUGCCAAACAUGACCAAUAUCGAUGGAGUGGAUCGAUUUCCAGGUCGAGUCCUUCAUUCACAUGAAUUUCGUGGUGCGGAUGAAUUUGUAGGUCUUAAUUUGUUAAUUAUUGGUAGUAGCUUUUCCGGAGUCGAUAUUGCUUUACAAUGUUAUAAAUUCGGUGCUCGAUCAGUAACAAUCAGUUCUCGACGAGAACCUAUUGGUUUUAAAUGGCCAGCUGGAAUAAAAGAUGCACCCAUGGUCGUUCGCAUCGAAGGUCGAACAGCUCAUUUUAAAGAUGGUUCAAGUCUUGAAAAUAUCAAUGCUAUUAUCUUUUGUACUGGCUAUCGUCAUUCUUAUCCGUUCAUGGCCAAACGAUUUCAGUUACAUAGUGGUAUAACUGAAUUUGUUCCAUCGAAUCUCUACAAAAGUAUCUUUUGGAUUGAUCAACCAUAUCUUGCUUAUUUAGGCACUCCGAGACAAUUUUUCUCAUUUCCUUUGUUUGAUUUGCAAGCAGCACUUGUACGAGAUGUUUUUCUUGGUCAUAUUAAAUUACCCGAGCAAGUUCAAUGGCAAGCCGAUGUGAAUAAAUGGCAAACACGAGAAAAAUCUAUAGGACCUACCGAUUUCUUUGCUAUGCUCGAUUUGCAAACUGAUUAUAUGCGAGAUAUGUUCGAUUUACUACGUACAUAUGAUGGUAAUCAAUCUUUAUCAAAGCCCAAUUUUGAUAAAGCUAAUCAUAUGAUGAAAAAAUUUUUGGAAAGGUUUUUGGCCGAUACAGUCCAUUAUCGUGAUAUAUCUUUUGAGUCCAUUGUCGAUACAAAAAAUAAAAAAAUCGUCCAAAUUUCCAAACCAUGGAUUGAGAAUAUGGAUGAUUCAAUGGAAAAUUUACUAAGUGAUUAUCGAAAGAAAUUAUAA